UCUCUCUCUCUCUCUCUCUCCAGACCUCACCAAAUCACCCGUCACCAUGUCUUUCCACCACUCUGCCCGCAACUGGCGCGUCCGUGUCGACAACGGCGAAACCCUGUUCAGAUGUGAGGUCCGCGAUCGUAACGGCGACUGGCACGAGCGGACAAUCCGUCUAGACGACCACAUCGGCAACACUGAUGGCUGGUUCAUCUGGGGCGGAAACGGCUUCACCAACACCGCCAGAAACAUCCGUCUCGAAGAUACUGAGUGGGGCCCCAAGCUCGUCGCCGUGAUGUCCACCAACGAUGGCGGUGACCGUGGUGAUCAGGGUCUGCUCCUGGGCGAUAGAAUCGAGAACAACGAUGGACAGCUGCACUUCAGGGCAUGAGCUUGAGCUGAGCUAUCUCUGCGAAUUUUUAUCUUAGAUUCAAUAUGAUAACCCCCUUUUUCCUUGUUCAAUCUGUUGAGGAUUCGUUGUAGAUGGGUGCUAGUCUAUGGUAAAUUCUCUUUCGUAGAGUGAAAUCCAAAGUUCAUAAUCGAGUGAGUGGUGGGAACAAUAUACUAUAUGCUAAGCCGCAGACAUGGGACAGGUAAACAGCCAAUUGUGAUCUGACAUGUAAAGCCUCAGAUGUAAAGUGGCUCUGCCAAUACCUCGCUUGGCCCAUAUACUCAUCCAUUCUUUGGCAGCAAGUGUUCCCAGGAGGCCCGAAUCCAACAGAAAGGUGCACUGAUUGAGU